UUUUGAACCACCGUCACCGACGACUCUCUCAAUCUGCCUGCUAGUGCCUGGUCCACGGCACUGUCCUUCUUUUGAAAAACCCACCGUCCUAGCCAGGAUAUCCAUUCGUUCUUUUCACUCCCACCACCACCAUGCAGGUCGAACAGGUAGCCCGACAGCGAUUCGAGUCUUUCAAGAUGGGUAUGAGCCACAAUGCCUCCCCCGUCGAGAUGAAGCAUCGGCACAACCGAUCGCAUUCGCGCAACGCCUCAAUUUCUUCUAUUGCAUCUUUGCCCACUCCUAAAUCUAUGACCACUCACGAUGUCUCCGCGACGCAUUCCCUUCCUCCUGCACCUAAACGAAACUCGCAACACCGGCGUAUCUCGUCUGUCUCCACUCGACGCGAAUCAGCCGAGAUGAUGGGAGUAACCGUUCCCGAGACUUCGGCCUCCGCGAGCGAGGACUCAGCAGAGCGAGAUUCUAUCCGCCGCAAUGCUCUCUGGGCUCUUGAGGGGAAGCGUGAUGCUUCCUUUGCCAAAGUAGAAAUCCCAGAGCUUUCUGCCCCAUAUGAAUUCCCCACCAAACCUUCCUUCCCCCCAGGUCCAGGGACCUUCACUACUUCUUCCAAGCGUGACUCCUUCAAGCCUUCCUCUUCCAAGGACGCAUUAGGUACUUUGAUGGAGGAGGAAGAGGAAGAGGAGGAUUCCGAUAAGCCUCGCGCACCACCGACACCGACCACACCUACGACUAGCUUCACCCGCAACCUUGGUCAACGCUCUCGUGCGCCGCACCUCAGGCCAUUGUCUCUCACCCCAGACGCUCUACCAUCACAAUUCCUUGCAUCACAGGCCCUCCCAACGCCAUCCUCUCCUAAGCGAGCGAGCUUGAAGGCCCUUUCCCUUGCUCCGGAUGCUUCAAACCGUGCAGGAUCUGUGCCAUCUCCGACCCCCGCUCGUCCGAGGCCCGUACUCAACAUCAAACUUGAGGCGGCAUCGCCGUCGCACGAUGACACUUCCAUGUCGAUACGUCAGCAACCAGUCCGGAAGAGCAGUAUAUCAUACAAGACGUCUUCCACGUCUUCGUCGGUCUCCAGCACCGGCCUUCCGACCCCUGAAUCGACACCAACGUGUACAGAGCGCCGUUUCUCUGGAUAUACCCACAGUUCCAUCUCCAGCCGCAGCAGCCAGGGUAGUCAGGGCAGCAUGGCCAGCAACCGUCUUAGCGUUGCCGAGGACGACUUCUUGACCAUGAACUCUGGCAAUGGACGGCCUUUGAGCGUGAGCGAGCAGCACUUUCUGUUCAAAAGUCACAACGCCCUGCUCGCUCGCAUCACCGAUCUGGAACGGGCUUUGUCCUUUCGUGGCAACACAAUUCGCGUCCUUCUUCGAUUGCUUCUUCUGCCUCUGCUCUUUCCAGUACCUCUUCCCGCUCCAGCGAGACAGGGGAACCGAUAGACGAAAUGCUUUGCCUCGUGUCCGACCUCAAGGCAGAAAGGGAUGAAUUGAAGCGUGAUGUUGAAGGCUGGCGUGUUCGAGUCGGCGACAUGGAGAAACAAUUGACUGUGAUGGGGAACCGAGUCGAGGCUGAACGACGAGACGCUUGGGUCGCUCGCACUCGUGUUGGAUUGCUUGAAGUCGAGCGCAGCGGUCUGGAGAAAGUUGUCGUAGAUCUCCAGACGGAAAACACGCGCUUGGCCAAGUCCGAGCAAACCCUUCAGGAACAGAUCGCCCGCCUUCUGCGCGAAAAGGAGGCGGUUUCAGCUGAGCUACAGCAAGUCAGGAGUCGCGUUCCUCGCGAGCUUGAUCCAUUGGACACGCCACGCGCUUUUGACGGCCCUGUUGUACACGUCCGACCCGCGCCCUCUUCUAUGCAUCGUGGCCUUGGAUUUGCUUCUUCGGCCGGUGAAGAUGCUCCUUCUACACUUGGGCUCGGGUUCAAACUUCGGGUCGAUCAGGAGGAAGAAGCCUCCGAUGAGGAGAGCGACGAGCUCGCCGGAUAUGAAGACGAGGAUGAGAACGACGUCCUCAUCAGUCCCUCGUCAUCCUUCGGGUCCGUUGAUGAUUUCCGUGGCUCGGCCGCUUCGGCGCCUGUCGUUUCUCCUCCUUCCGCUCCCGUUCCAGCUCCGGCCCACAGCGCACAGAAGUCUAUUUCGAAGUGGACGUUCCCCAAACAUGUGGUUCCCAUCAGCCGCGACGAACCUGACAUCGAUCGUUUCUUCGGAUGUCUUGAAGACCUGGACUCCCGGCUUCACCACUCACGGGUGAAUAUUUCGACUAUGACGAGGAGAAGAGCAAGUCGUUCUUCGCCAAGGGCUUCUCCUGCGACGAUAGCAACUCCUGCUUUGUGUUGCCAGCUAGUGUACUCGCCACGGUCGACAGCCGCUAUGUUCUGGAUGUUGUUGAAGAAGAGGAAGAGGAAUUAAGAGAGGAUGACGAAUCCGAGACUGAAGAGGAGACUGUUGUCGAGGACGGAGAAGUCAAUGGUGGUAUCAAGAUCACAUUCACACCUCCCAUGGAGGACAAACACCUCGAACCAGCACUUACCGAGCCAGUCCUACCGCCACCAAAGCUCGUCACAGUCCCGUCGCUCCGAUUUUUCGAAGAUGAAGAUGACUGUGAGGAUGAAGCUCCGUUCAACUUCGGUCGCUCUCAGCCGAUGACUCCGGAACGCUCCGAGUCUCGUCCCUCGCUUCCCUCUUCGAUUCCAAGGCCCAAGCCCAGCCUCUUCUCGCCAUCUCGCGUCGUUCACGAAAACGACAGUGCCUUUGUGACACCGCCGACGAAGCGUGGCGGAACGACACCCUCCUUCAUUCCUCUACCGAGUUCGCCUUCUCCGACUUUUUCAGCCAACGCCUCUACUACUACGUUCAUCCGGCAGCCUUCCCGGCAGCCGACACUGCGAAUGCAUCAAACAGGCCCUGCAAACGCCGACAACCUGCCAUCUAGACCCAGCCCCAGUUCGGAGAUGAUGCCUGAGUUUUGCAGUCCCUUGCCAGUGUCUCCUUCUCUUUCGUCCAUGUUAUCAUCACCUCUCGGAGGCCGUCUUUCGUUGUCCACGUUCACGAACUACAUCCCGUCAUGGGGUCUGACUUCUCCGAACACCAGCCCAGCCUUGCAGGAUGCACGGCCCUCGGGCUCACCGGCAGGAACGGUGAAGCGAGGCUAUGUUUCCAAGCAAAGUCAGUUGGAUCGGCUGAAGUCCAGGAUGGAAUUCGAGGCAAAGACUGCUAGCCUGAGAAGGGGUGAUGAUGAUGCUGUAUUUUUAUAAUCCAACUUCGACCGCCUUUCCGCUUUUGUACCCUUUUGUCCAUGUCUUGACUUUGUAAUUACCCACAUGCACUGUUCUGCGCAACUUGACGUUGUGUCGGCAAGCAGAUUUGGUUGUACUACCGCACAUCGAUACGCUUUACUGUCCUACAUAUGAGAGAUUUCUACAUGAGAUUUAUGGUUUCCAGCUCUGCGCCAACUUUCUCACUGUCACUUUUCCUCUUCUUCCCACCUUCAUCACCUCUGAGAAUCAGAUGCGAUUGAACUUUUCUGCGGAUGAACGUGACGCCUGGCGCAGAAUCAUUCGACAGCUUCUUUCUCCACCGACUGCCCUUGACGUGCCCAGCGAUACGUACACUCUACUGCCUCCGCAUGUGCGAUCUCGUGACAUCGUGGACGCGCCGGCUCCGGGUCUGCAGAUGAAGAUCCCAGUCAGGUGGCAAGCCGAGGAUAUCCCGCCCGACGAUGCGGCACUGGGGAGUUGACAUAAAUAACAGCGGACGGGGUUCCGAGCGAGUGAGGCCGCCCCCAUGUUGCUCUCACAGCUUGGCGUCUUGCUCGUUUCGGCUCUCGGUGUGGUGGACGCUCGCCGUGCGCCGGCCAGCCGGCGGGUGCAGCUGCCGCGCGUGAAUGACGGUCUGCAGAAUUUGGUGACCUGGGACGAGUAUUCGCUGUUCAUCAACGGGACGCGGGUGAACCUGUUCGGCGGAGAGGUGCAUCACUAUCGGAUGCCAGUGCAGAGCCUGCACUUGGACAUCUUCCAAAAGAUCAAGGCGCUGGGGUUCAAUGCCGUCUCGACGUACUUCUUCUGGGGUAUGUACGAGCCCAAGCGCGGCCAGCUCGAGUUCGACGGGUUUCGCGACCUGCAGCCGUUCUUCGACGCUGCCAAGGCGGCUGGACUGUGGAUCAUCGCCCGGCCCGGGCCGUACAUCAACGCGGAAACGACUGGCGGCGGAUUCCCGGGAUGGGGGACGCACACGGCGGGAUUGUGGAGGACGGAGAAUGCGUCGUACGUCGAGGCGUACCAGGGAUACAUGACAGCCGUCGGGGAGAAGAUUGCGCUGAACCAGAUCACGCACGGCGGACCGGUCAUCCUGGUGCAAACGGAGAACGAAUACAGCGGCUUCCAGCCUCCGUACACGGAAGACUUUACGUACGAGAGCGAUCUGAAGGAGACCCUGCGGUCGGCCGGAAUUACCGUCCCGCUGACGGUCAACGACGCCUGGGCCGGCGGACAUUAUACGAAUGUGGACAUCUACGGAUACGAUUCGUACCCGAAUGGCUUCAACUGCACCGUCCCGGACAACUGGCUGGCUGAUGCCGUUCCAGAAUGGUUCUGGGGUGCGCAUAUGCAAAUUAGCCCCCAAUCGCCGAAUGCGGUUUUCGAGUUCCAGGGCGGAGCUCUCGACGGAUGGGGUGGCGCUGGCUACGAUCUCUGCUCGCAGCUGACGGGGCCUGAAUUCGAGCGCGUGUUCUACAAGAAUCAGUUCGCCAUGUCCACCACGAUGCUCAAUCUGUAUAUGGUUUACGGCGGCACUAACUGGGGAGGGAUUGCUUAUCCCGGUGUCUACACCUCUUACGAUUAUGGGUCGGCGAUCGCCGAAGACCGCACUCUGCGCGAGAAAGCAUACGAGCUCAAGCUGCAGGCCUACUUCCGAGCUGCCUCCCCCGCUUUCCUGACAACCCGGCCGAUGAACAUCGGGGCGAGCCAGGGCAGCUUCACCGGAAACCAAGCUCUGAAGACGACCCAAGUGCUCGAUGUGGUGGGAAACAAGACGGGAUUCUACGUGGUCAGGCAAACUGAUGCGUCGGUUCACGAUGUGCAAACGUAUACAUUGACGCUGCCGACAAGUGUCGGAAACAUCACGAUCCCUGCGCUGGGCGGCAGUCUGCAGCUUCACGGAAAAGACUCGAAGAUCGCGGUCGUUGACUACCUUGCUGGCUCGACGACCCUCGUCUACUCCACAGGCGAAGUCCUGACUUGGGCUACUAUUGACAACCGAGACGUGAUCAUUCUCUACGGCAAUGCCGGUGAACUACACGAAACGGCAUUCAAAACCACCGCCGGUAAGGUGGCCGUUGUUUCAGGAUCAGGCAAGAUCAAGACCAAGGCUGCAUCUGACCUGUUGACCGUUCAAUACACAACAACCGGCCAAACCGUGCUUGAGAUCGGGAACACCCUGGUGUAUAUCGUUGAUCGUGUCAACGCCUACGAAUUCUGGGUCCUCCAUCCCCCCACGAGCGGAGACUUUGCGGCGUACAGCACCGAGAACCCCAUCAUCGUCAAGGGAGGCUAUCUGCUGCGUUCGCUGACGACCUCGGGCUCGACGCUCGCCAUCAAGGGCGAUCUGAACACAACAACGACGUCAUUCGAGAUCAUUGCUCCCGCAGCAUAUCACUCGGCGACCUUCAACGGCGCCAAGUUGAGCCUGAGCACGACAUCCUAUGGGACGUUGACAGCCAGCUUGAGAGUAAAUCUGCCGUCCGUCUCUCUGCCGAACUUGUCGUCUCUGAAUUGGAAAACCGCCGAUUCAUUGCCAGAAAUUCAAUCGUCCUAUUCUGAUGCGCUCUGGACGGCAGCUGACCACACCACGACCGUCAAUCCGACGGUGCCGACCACCCCGGUUGUUCUCUACGCAGGCGACUACGGAUAUCACACCGGGAAUCUGCUGUGGCGCGCGCAUUUCUCUGCGACCGGGCAGGAGACCGGGUUUGCCGCCGAUGUGCAAGGCGGAUCGGCGUUUGCUUACGGCGUUUGGCUCGACUCGACGUUCAUUGGGUCUUGGAUCGGUGUGGAUGGCGCUCAUGGAGACUUUAAUGGGACGUUCGCGUUCCCUGCAAGUCUGAAGCAAGGCUCCCAACACGUGCUGACCAUCCUGCAAGACACGAUGGGGUAUGAUGAAAACUGGGAAGCUGCUGCUGAUGGAUUCAAGUCUCCGCGGGGGAUCUUGCGGUACUCGUUUUUGGGCAGCAACAGCACGGCAGUCACGUGGAAAGUCACUGGCAAUCUGGGAGGCGAGAGCUACGUCGACAAGACGCGAGGUCCGCUUAACGAGGGAGGAUUGUUUGGUGAGCGUCAGGGAUGGCAUCUGCCUGGAUUCGAUGCCUCGAAAUGGCAGAACCAGAAGCCGACUGCUGCAGUGGGGCACCCCGGUGUUGCUUUCUACCGCGCCACCUUCGAUCUACACGUUUCUGCGGGCGUGGACUACCCGAUAGCCAUUGUGGCGAGUGCCAAAUCGACGAUCCGCGCUCAGUUCUAUGUCAAUGGGUAUCAGUUUGGCAGAUACAUCAGCAACCUUGGGCCGCAAACGACGUUCCCUGUGCCUCAAGGCAUCCUGAACUACAACGGAGAGAAUACACUGGCCGUCUCGAUCUGGGCGCUGGAGGCUCAAGGAGGCCACCUCGAUUCGCUGGAGCUGCAGAUCACUGCCCGGGCCCAGUCCAGCAUGGAGCCCGUGGUCAACCAGCCGUUGACCGCCUGGACCAAGCGAGCUGGUGCUUUCUGAUAGCAUGUACACAAAAACUGUAUCAUAAGGCUGAACUUCGGCAUACUUAUGUGUGUGGGAGAGCAUCUGGAAUCUUGAUUGUAACAAACAACACUACGUUGCACGCAUCGAUUGUUCGCGCGCCACGUCAUCGGGUCUGAUUUCAGCCAGAGGAAAGCCUCUUUUCAACGCCACCAGUGCAAAGCGGCUCGAGCCGGAGGCGACAACGACCGUUUGCACUUCGGAAACCGGAAUCCAUGAAAGGGGAGACUAAGGAUUGCACGCAGACAGCGGCUGAUAAGGUGGAUGUGGAGUGGGAAAAAAAAGCUCGUGACAGCUGUGGGAAAUCUGUUGCCAUUCGUGGCCCAGAUGACGGCUUCAUUUGCGAGCUGGUUGGGAGCUGUUUCCCCCGAGUUUUCCGAGGAGUGGAUGCGCAGGGAUGAGGGGGAUCGGCCAUGUAUGCACUGUGUAUCGCCUCCGUGUGACGGGGCAUGAAUGCAGAGACCCCAUUAGCGGCUGGAUCGGAACUUGUGAGAACUCGUGGAGUGUCACGAGGUCACCUGCGUGACCGUCUCGGCGUGGGCAUGAUUAGGUAACCCCUUUUUAAGGGAACUACGUCAGACCUAGAGUGCGGACGGUGAUAUCAUCCUUGCCCCCUGCCAAAACACAAGUUUCGCCCUGCGUCAUGGAUUCCCCAGACUCAUCCGCAGACUCUGCUAAGAUUCGUCCGACUGGCCGACAGACCCGCUCUGACUUCGACCUCGAGCCCAAUCCCUUCGAGCAGUCUUUUUCGGCCCCCAACUCUAAUCUGCGCACCACCACCCCGCCCACCAAGGAGGAAUCCGACAAACGCGCCGCCCCUGCGCCCGAUGUCCGAAGAAGCAAAUCUCCGCGCCCGACUCUCCCGCCUCUUGCUGCUCUGGCAUCCCCUGCCGACCAGAACUCAUUCUCCUGGUCCUUCCCCUCGCUCUCCAACUCCCUACGCAGCGGCCCUCUGUCCCCUGCGAUGCUUGCAGGGCCCCAGAACGGCGGGGACCAGCAAUCCUCGUCGCACCUUCCAUUUGAUGCCUCCUUUCGCACAGGUCUAACACCGCGCACGGGACUCACUCCACGCACGGGCCUAACUCCAGGCACGGGACUCACCCCCAUCGUUGGCGGCCCCACUGCGUUCCCAGCCUCUCCAGGCACAGCUGCCUUCAUGGCUGCGAUGACGCCCAACACCAUCAAUGCGAUAACGGGUGUGCUGAACGCAGGCAACUACCCCAAUAUGGAUGGCGCUGAGUUCGCCACCAACACGAACGCUGCGACGAGUAACGCCGCCAACGGGCUGUUCCUGCUCUCCCAGGCUCAUCAGGAGCUCACGAAGCGGGAGGAGGCCGCGCGGCACACCAACGGGAACGGGACGAUCAGCGGGGCUGCUGUGAACGGCGGCGCCAUGGACAGGCCCGUCGCUGUCGCUGCACCCCCAACGAACAAGCGUGGAACGAAGAGGAAGACGACGCCGAUAGAACCACUCAAUGUCAUCGUCGCACCACCGCCUACGGCCCCCGGGCCGCGCAAGCGUGCGCGAGGCAAUACCACGAGCAGCGUGUCGUCUAACCGGGCCAAGCACGACUUUGAUGACAUGGAUAUGGACGACGAUGACGACGACGAUGACGAGGACAGCGACAAAGGCCCCGAAUAUGUGCCGGCUUUGACGAGUUCGCGGUCACGGGGGAAGAAACCCGAGACUGAAGAGGAGAAGCGCAAAAACUUUCUGGAACGAAACCGACAAGCUGCGCUCAAGUGUCGCCAGCGCAAAAAAGCGUGGCUGGCCUCGCUCCAGACUAAAGUCGAGUUUUUGCAGAACGAAAACGACCGCCUGACCUUGCAACUGGUUGCGUCUCGAGAGGAGAUUUCUCGGCUGAGCGCAUUGGUCGGCGCAGCAGCAGCUGGCCCUCAGUCGAACGGACCGACCG